UAUUUUUGUUGUUUUUUAAGUUUCAACAUACCUACUAAAUUUAAUAUUAUGACAUGAAUCUAUCAGUGGAUGAUUUAAAUUUAUCUUAAAUUAAAUCGCGGUUGAGUUUAAUUUGUUUUCAACGUGUAUCGUUCGGUUAUUUAUGUGUGUUAUAAUGUAUGAAUUAUAUAUGUGUUUUGUUAAGUUAAUACAAGUUCCAGUAAGAACUACCUAGUAUACUAGGGAACGUGAGAAUAAUAUUUCUAACUAGUACCAGAAUUUCAUCCACUUAAUGUACAUUGGAAAUAGUUAAACUAGUCGUUUAAAUGAUCUCAAAAAAGGUUAAUUUAUAUUUUUAAAAUAGUCUUUAAAAUGAUGACAAUAUAAAUAUUGUUAUCAAUAUUAAUAAUGUAAAAAUACAUUAUAGGUACCUAGCAAAGUAGUUUAAUCAUUAAAUUCUUUUAUGAAUCAUUCAAAUUUAAAAAUCAUCUGAUAUUGUAAGGUGUUCAUUUUGUAACCCUAACAUUUGUUUACUUAUACAAUAUAUUCAUAAAUGGUUUGUGUAUAUGGUAAUAAUUGAGAAUUUUAUUUUUGUCCUUGGUUAGGUACCUAUGACUUUACUGUAGAAAAAAAUAUUAAUCCAUUCAUUUAAAAAUUUGUAUUGUGUAUUAUUUGGUAUUUGAUACCUACAAAUGUUUGAACAUUUAAAUCAUUAGGUACAUGUAUCUCAUAAAUAUUUAAAUAUUAAUUAACAUUUUUGGAAGAAUAAUGUUGAUUCUACUAGGUAUCUUACUACCCAUUUUAAAUUAGUAAAAUGUUUGAAAUAUUUGAAAUUAAUAUAGUUUAUUUGAAUUUUCUAAAAUUUAAAUUUAAAAAUAGAAAAAUUUAAUAAAAUCUUACCUUUAAUUUCUUUAAGAAGGAAAAAAAAUUAAAUAUUGAUAAUUUAUAUUUAAUAUAUUCCUAUGUUUAUUAUAUAUUGUGUUAUUUUACCUAUGCCACACAAAUUUAUUAUAGAAGUCGUAUGCCUCUGGGACAGGUAUGUGGAUAAUAGAUGUACCCAAAACUUCACCAUAUUACGCUACUUGUUUAGGCGGUCUUUUAAAUGAAAACUUCAACUGCCCCACAAGAGUAGCCAGUACGAGCCUUAUUAGUAUUGUAAUUGAACUUAUAUUUUUAAUAUUUAUUACCAAUCUCAAAUUAGUAAUAUUUAAUAUAGUUAAAUCAAUAUAAAUGGUUAGUAGAUACCUAAAAAAAAAAAAUGUUCAUUCUUUUAAAUUAUAAUUAUUUUUUUUUUUAAAAUAUACUGUGUAUAAAAUACAAUCUACUAAAUUAUUAUUAAUAUUUAUUUUUUUUAUUAAUGUAUAUUAAAUAAUAAUAUUGGUAACAAGUAUUUUAGUGUGGGUAGCCCGAAUUAAAUAUUAUAUUUUUAUUUGAUAAGAUUAACUGACUGUUCAUCGGCAUUUAUUGUUUCUAUCUCAAUCAGUGGUAUGUAGCCUAAGUAUCCAUGUCCCUAUGACAGUUACUUAUCAAUGAUUGGAGUUUACUAAGUUAUUUUUGAUUUAUAUAAAUUACAAAUGAGCUUACUGGGGUUCUGGUAAUAAUAACUUUGUUGGAAGUUAUGUUUCAAAAGAUUAUCGAUUUAGCCAAUGAAUAAUAACAUUGUAGUGUACAAUUACUAUAUCAAGACAUUUUGAUUACAAUUAAAGUAUACAAUUAUUAUACAAUUUAAAGUAUUAAUACUAUAUUCUUAUAAUCUUAUUAUUCAACUUUAAUUUUGAGUUUUUAUGUGUUAAUAAUUUGUCCCGAUCAUGUCUGUAUCAUUUAAAUAUUGAAAUAAAUUAGCAUAAUUCAAGGUUAGGUUAAUUAUUAAUAAUUUAAGUUAAUUGAAAAUCUGCAAUUACACUAUAUUUUUAAUGUAACUACUAAAUUGAUGAAAAUACAGUGUGUUAUUUGUUAAAUUCUACAAUAGCUAGUUAGAAAUAUAUAAAUAUCAGUGAAUAGUUUCUUAAAUUAAAUUAAAAAUUCAGAGUUUUGGAAACUGUGGAAGACCACCUAAAUUACUUAUUUAUCAAGUAUUUUGUACAGCUCGAAGAUAAAUAAAAGUAUUAUAGGCCAUAUUUGGAACGAUAGCUGACCGAUCAGACGCUGUACCAUUAUGUUCUCGUCUACAUUUGUUUCUGAAACCGUUUGCACGGAUUUCGAUCACUAUUCAAUCGAGUGGAAAAAACAAGACUGCAAUUUCCAAUUGGCAAGUUAUGGAACGCUUAAAAGAAUGUAUAGAUCCAGACAAGUUCUCCUGUAUUUGUAUAGCCAAAACAUCUUCAUCAGAAUUUUUAAAGUUAGUAUCAUUAAAUAUACUUCUAAUAAUUUUUAAUACAACUAACUUUUAUUUUAGGUUCGACGCCGAAUUAAACGACUAUUCUCGAUUGUCGUUUGUAUUAUCACGUUUAUGUGAUAGGAAGAUUAAAAUUCCUGGGGUAUCCCAGCUAUUAACCGUGCAUGCUAUGGAAACCAAACCUAAUUUUCCUACUCGUCACGAUUGGGAUUCAUUUUUUCGUGACACUAAAGAUAUGAAUGAGAUGAAACCGGGUGAACGUCCUGAUACUAUACACAUAGAAAAUAUACCUUUAGAAUGGCUAACAGAAGUUAAUGAAAAAUAUCCAAGUGAAAAUAUUCUAAAAAAAAUAUUCAAUAAAUUUGGCGAAGUAGCUCGUGUAGAUUUGCCUGCUGCUGACCCAUCGAGAGUUAGUCAUGGAGUAGGGCUUUGUGAUGCAUUUAUACAAUUUAGAGAGUAUUCAGCAUUUUCAAAAGCAAUGGAUAGCUUAAAGGGCAAUAAAUUGGCUUAUAUAACUGAUUCUAAAGCAUUGACUGCUAAUAUCAAAGUAGAUUUCGAUAAAACAAAACACAUGUCAUUAAGUUCAAUUACAAAAAGACUUGAACGUCGUGAUCAAUUCAUGAUGAGGCAAAAAAUAAUGGAAGAAACAGAAAGAGUAAACAAAGAAAAAGAAAGAAGAAUAGCUGAAGAAGAAAGGUAAAAUAGUAGUUAUAACCUCUUAAUUAAUUUAAAUUUAUUAUUGAAUUGUUAUAAAAUAAUUGUAUAGUAAAAAGAAACAGCUUGAAAAGGAGAAGAAGUUUGAAAGGCGUACAUUACGAGAAAACAAACGUAAAGCUAGACGUUUAAAACAUUUAGCUGAUCAAGAAGUUAAUGAAAUGAAUGAAAGAAUUGUAUCUGAAGAAAAACUAUUGUUGAAAGCUCAAAGAAAAUUAGAAGCAAUACAUUUACUGGGAGAACUGUUUACCCGUAUUAAAGUAUUCAACAUUUAAAAAUUAUUAAAAUAAUUUGUUGGCACCAGAUUAAUGUUAAUUUGUAUGUGUUUUAGUCCAACAUUGUUUCUAAAAGUAAUGCAGUUGAUAAAUCUCAAACAGAUAACAUUAAUAUAAAAGUAAGUUGUUAAACACAGAUUACUGUUUGAAACUAGAAAUACAUUUUCAUUUACUUUUAGACCAAUCAAAUUGGAGAUAUUGAGUCGACUUUCAGACAGAAAAUGAUCAAACAAUGGAAACCUAUUCAGUACAUAAUACCUAAAAGUGAGUUUAAUAACAAUGUAGAUAAAUGAAAUAUUUUUUUUUAUGCUCAAUUAAAGUGUUUACAAAACCUAAACAAUUAUAACUUAUUACUUUAUUUCUUAAAAUUUGAGAAAUAAAAGCGUUUACUUAAUAAAAGCUGAUAUUUUAAUAUAGUCUUUAAAUGUAUAAAUUUAAAUUUUCUUUAUUAAGCUUUUUUUUACUAGUUAAUAUCAUAUUUUUUAAUAGGUGAACAUUUAAUUACCGUGUAAAAAAAACUUUAAGCUAACUGUUUAUUAAUUUUCAUUAAAUAUUUAUUAUUUUUAUUUUUAAAAAGCCGUUCUAGGAUAAUGGCGGCAGAUGCAGCUACUGUUAUAGAUAAUUUAAUGUAUACCUGUCAGCAAUAAUAAACUAUUGCUUAUGAAAAACAAUUCUGAGCGAAGUUCAGUUUAUAGUGAUGCUUUUUCAAUAAUAAUAUAUGUCAUUUUAGAGUAAAAUAAUUAAAUAAGCCUUAUAUAUUUUCUUUAAUAAUAUUUGUUUAAUGUUUACUGAUUUCCCAGUUUUCCUAAGUUUUCUCGAUUUUCCCAUUUGUUUCACAUUUGAUGGGAAAAUUCUUGGAAAAAUCGAAAAAUGAUCUCCAUAAAGUACCUCCCCACACAGAUUUCCUUCUGGAAAAAAUGCUACACUGAGCAAGUAUUCUGGCAGAAAAGUUGCGCACAGAUAAAAAUAUAAAAAUGAACAUCUUUGCUCCACUCAGAAUCUGAAUAAGAACUAUUAAAUGUUUUCACACUCUGUUAUAUUGUAAAUUUAAUUACAUCCUACAAACAUUACCAAUCUAAUAAUAUGUUACAUAACAUUUUUGGUGCACUUUUACUGUUCCGAAAAAUGUUAUUAUAAAAAAAAGGUAGUAGAUGUAUUGUGUAUAACAAUUAUAAUUUCUAACGUUUAUGUAAAAAUAUUGGUUAUUCCUAUACAAAAAGUGUAAAAAUAUUUGUUAUUUUAACAUCACAUUUCUGAUAAUAUUAUGGGGAUGGGCCCUCAAUUAAACAUCAUCUAGUUUUUUUUAAUGGACUAGGUUAGAAAUAAACAUUUGUACUGGUCAAAUUACUUUUUUAAAAAAAAAUGUUAAUGUAUUAUUUUUCACUUAUCUUAAACAUAAAUCAUAUUGCCACUAAAUUAAUACCUACUAUAGGUUUUUAAUUGCACAAAGUUAAAACUGAAAAACCUAAUAUGCAAUUUUCACCAUGCUCGUUUGUCAUCUCACAUUAAUGCCCUAGAUAUGUGUUAAUACUUUAAAUUUGUAUGCACCAUUUGUGCAAAAAUAUAAUUUUUUGUGUUGAUGUCAACAGUGUUCUAUUUAUUUUUCAGAUUCUGAUAACAAAGAUUCUGAAAAUAGUCAUAACAAUGACCAAAAUGUAAAUACUAACCGUGGUCGAGGUAGAGGAAAUUGGCGUGGCCGUAUGCAUCAGUAUGUUGGUCGCGGCACAUACUUUAUGCCACCAAUGUUUGAUCCAAUGCAGUUAAUUACUUAUGGACACAAGUAUCAUAAAUAUUUUCAGAAGUUGAAUAAUCAAGUUGACAACGAUAGAAGUAGUACCCACGGCCGAAGUAGAAAACGAAAAUAUUCUAUAUCUCGUAGGAGUUAUAGAAGUUAUAGUCGUAGUCGUAGUCGAAAUAGAAACUACAGCAGAUCAAGUAGUAGAAGUUUGAGAAGCAGGAGUCGUUCAAGAAGUAGGAGUCGUUCAAGGAGUAAGAGUCGUUCAAGGAGUAAGAGUCGUUCAAGGAGUAAGAGUCGUUCAAGGAGUAAGAGUCGUUCACGGAGUAAGAGUCGUUCGAGGAGUAAGAGUUGUUCAAAGAGUAAGAGUUAUUCAAGGAAUAAAAGGCAUUCAAGAAAUAAGAGUCAAAUGAAAACUAGUAAAAGUCCUAGUAGAAGAAAUGGGAAUAAAAUUACAGAGAAAUCUACUGAAAACGGUUCAGGGCAUAAACACAAGAAAAAGAGUAAAAAGAAAAAGAAUAAAAAGCAAAAAAAAUCUAGGAAUUAAUGUUUUGUGUGUUCGACAGAGAUAUUGUAUCUUUACCAUAAAUAUUAGCUUUAUUUUUUAAGAUUAUAG